GGCCCAAGCUCCCCACAAACUCUGCAGCAGGCCAGCACGACGAGCCAGCGAACGCUCCUCAGUGUUUACAACCGUAUUCCCGGAUUAUACUCACAAAUUACAGCCUUUUAUCAUAUAUUUUACUGAUUUACUGACUGUGUAGAGCGACGGCUGCGCGGCUGUUAUAUAUGUGUAAGUUACGCGCUCGUACUGAAGAGAUACAAAGCUAACGGUAACUUUUUGCGAGGUUAGCUAGUUAGCGCGUUAGCUAACGUUAAUUAACUGUUACCUCAGGCUAUAGUCGUUACAGCUAGUUUAUACAGGUUAAUUUAGCUAAGCGAAGCGACAUUUUUACACAGAUAACAUUAGAAACGCUUUCUGAGAAAGUGUGAGUAGAUAACUGUUAGCAAUUCAGCUAUUUACCUAACAGUUAGCGAGCUAAGCUAUCUAAGUACAGACUUCGUUGGUUUAACUGUGUGUUUCAUAACGUAGUUAACGGAGCGCCUCGCGCUCUUGUGCCUUUAGUUAGCUAACCUAGCUAGCUAACCUGCUGCUUACUUGUAACGUUAUAAUAACGUUUAACUGGCUAGAGUUAGUUUAAAUAUGUGUUUAUACAGCUCUGGGAAAAAAUAAGAGGCCACUUCAAUUUCUUACGUUUGAGUAAAAUGAACAUUGUUGUUUUAUUCUACAAACUACAUACAACAUUUCUCCCAAAUUCAAAAUAAAAAUAAUGUAAUUUAGAGCAUUUAUUUGCAGAAAAUGAAAAAUAGCUAAAAUAACAAAAAAUAUGCAGAGCUUCAGACCUCAAAAAAAUGCAAAGAAAACAAGUUUUUAUUCCUAAAGUUUUAUAAGUUCAGAAAUCAAUAUUUGGUGGAAUAACCCUUUUUUUUAAUCACAGUAUUCAUGCAUCUUGGCACGUUCUCCUCCACCAGUCUUACACACUGCUUUGGGUAACUUUAUGCCACUCCUGGUGCAAAAAUUCAAGCAGUUCGGCUUGGUUUAAUGGCUUGUGAUCAUCCAUCUUCCUCUUGAUUAUUUUUCAGAGGUUUUCAAUUUGGUAGAAUCAAAUAAACUCAUCAUUUUUAAGUGGUCUCUUAUAUUUACUAGAGCCGUAUGUGUAUAUAUGAGUGAUAUGCAGAUAUGCAGCCGGUUUUAUAACGUUUUAACCUACGGUUAAUGUAAAGACAUGAAAGCAGAGCGCCUGGACUGCGCUGGGUCUGUGAACGUGGUGUAUGGCCUCAAUGGACUCUCCCAUAGAGGAAUUUGCGUUUUUCUGUGUGUGCCAUACAAAAGAUAAUGAUUAGGAGUGUAUAUGGUCGGUGUGUUUUGGUAGCCAAAUGUUGGAAGGCACCUGGCCAACUUUACUGUCAUCAGGACAGUGAGGUCAUUUGCAAGUGAUGCAAGGAGUGCUUUCCAGCUUCACUGGGACAUGGAGCAAAAAGAGGAAAAAGAUGAGUUGCAGGAGCUCUCUGUACACUUGCAAAAGGAAGGCUUGUCCACUGAGGCUUCUGCAGACGAGCGACAGUGUCACCUGUGGCGUCUGCUCCAGCGCAGUGAGGGCAGCCUGGUCUCAGCUACAGAGGAGCUGCAGACACUGCGCGCACAGCAGGCUGGCGAGAUGAGAGAGGUGGAAAAUUAUGUGGAGCACAUUCGAAAUAUGCUGGAGGAGCGGGAAAGCCUGACAGCUGAAUACGAACGAGACAACGAGCAUCUUCGUACUGAGCUCGCACAAAUGAAGCACCAGCAAGAGUGCCAGUGUAAGGAGGUCGUGGAGAUGCUGGAGCAAGAGGGUCUAGAUGAGAUCAGUCACAGCAGUGCGAGUGAGCAGGUGGCCUAUCUGCUGGUGGAGAGAGUUACCUUGCUAGAGAGGUUGGAGGCUGCAGAGAGGAAGCUUGAUACACAGACACUCACUGGCAACCUUAGGGAGGUUCAUCUACAGGAGGAACUGGACCAUAUCCGGCAAACUCUUGAGGAGGAGCUCAAGCAGCAAAAGGAAACCAUGCGCCACGCCAAAGAGAGCAUGAACAAGGGACAGGAAUCUCCAACACAGAGCCCCUGGAGGAAACUCUUUGGUGUGCGCAAGGCUACACAAAGGGCACAGAGCCUAACUCCUGCACACACUGAGGUGUUGGCUAAAGAGCGCACAGAGCGUAAGAAGUUAGAGAGGGACCUAGAAGAAGCUUCCAGCAGGCUUGCUAUGGCUCAUGAAGAGAUUCGCAACCUGACCGAUGAGCUAGACCUGGCCCGAAAGGCCCAGGCCUUUUGUGGGUCUGACCUGCAGACAACGGGAGUAGAAGUGGCACGGCUGAAACAAGAAGUAGAAAAACUGAAACAGUGUGAUAUGGUGGAGCUACAGAAGGCCAAAGAACGCAAUGAAAGACUUGACACAGAGAUUCUGGUGCUGAGGGAUAGAGUGCGCACUUUGGACACCGAAAGAAAGAGUCUUUUGAAAAGGCUUGAAAAUUCUAAGAUACAGUCCAGUAAUGGAGGCAGCACAGAACAUGGGUCAAAUCACUCUGUACAGGAUGAUGGAAAUGACAAUCCAGAGCUUUUAGAUAGACCACUAAAUGGUAGUGAAGAGCACCUUCAUAAAAGGUGUCGAAGGGAGUCUGAGGAUAAGGACUGCCGUCUGCGGGAGCUGCAGAGAAGGCUGCAGAAACAGCAGCAGGAGCACGAGGAGCUUGUAGAAAGGAACGAGGAGCUGGAAGCACUUUUGGGAGAGGUGCAGAACAAGGCGAAAGAGGAGCGUGAACUCCAUGAGUGUGAGAUGGAGGGCUUGCAACGAAAGAUAAAAAAUAUGGAGUCACAGCUGGAAACAAAGAGCCAUUUAAAACCUGAAGAAAAGGGUGUUCAGGAAAAGGAGUCUGUGCCUGAGAUAAAAGAUGGUGGCAUUCAAGAGAGGCUGACAUUUCUUGAGAAUCGCCUUGCAGAGGAGAAGGACUGGAGGAAGCAGUUAGAGGUGGACCUAGCUGUAGCCCAGUCUUCUCUCAAAAAAGAGAAACAGGUAAUGCUCAGAGAUCAUGAGGAGCUGAAGAGAUUGCGUAUAGAGGUGCAGAGCUUGCAGGCUGCAUGCCAGCAGGAGAAAUCCCUCAACAAGAGCCUCACUCAUAUUAAGGGAGAAAAGGGAAUUUUGGAAGAGAAGGUGGCCAAGUUGGAGCGGGCUCAAACACGACUUCAGGACAACCUGGCAGAGCAGACGGAGAACAGCAGAGUGCAGGAGGACCUGAGAGAGAACAGGGAGCAGGUGACACAGCUUAAAGUUCAGGUUGAACAAUUGAGAUCAGAACAGUCUGCACUGGAGAAAGAACGCAGCACUCUGAGGGAUGAGCUUGUGGAGAAGCGCAAGGAGGUUAUGGAGCUGCAGACUGAGCUCAGCAUCAGAGCCCAUGAGAGACUGCAGACAGAAGGCCAGAUGGAGCGUCUCGGUCUGGAACUGCAGCACGUAAAGGAGCAGCUCCAUACUGCAAAGCAGGAGAAGGCUCUUGACCCUAAUCCUAAACCUCUUGCAGGAGAGAUGGAAGGGCUCAGCCAGGUGGUGUGUGUGAGGUCAGAGAUGAGCAUGCUUCACUCCACACUGGAAGAGGAGAGACAGCUGGCCAACCAGCAGCAGCUGGCCCUGCAGGCUCAGAUCAGCGAGGCACAGGCCCGGGCCAAGGCACAAGACUCUGUCCUGCAACAAAAGGGAGAGGAGAAUAAGCAGCUAAAGCAAGACCUCCAAAGGACCCAGCACCUCUUCACUUCAGCUGAGCGGGAGCUGCGCUACGAGAGGGAGAAAAACCUUGACCUUAAGAGACACAAUGCACUUUUAGACCAAGAGAAGAUAAAGCUGUGUGCAGAGCUCAAGCAAGCCCAGGCUAAACUGGCCCAGCUGGAGACCAGUACCACAGGGCAGACUGCAGACCUGGAGCAACUGCAUCAAAGAACCAGGGAGUUGGAGCUGGAGCUGGCCAGAAGCAGCCAGAACAAACAAACCAGCAACAGCCUCAGAGAGGAGCUCAAUGCAGAGAGAGCCCGUGUCAUCACUGCCGAUAAGAAGGUCUUGGAGCUUCAGCAACAGCUGAAGAACACUCUGCAUCAGUUACGUCUGGAGGAAGCCAGAGCUGGAGAGACCAGCAAGCUGGAGCGAGACACUAGAGAUAUGUCUGAUAACCUGUCUGCUCUCCGAGCCAAACUGCAGGAGGAACAACUCCAGAGGAAGUUGCUGGAGCAGAGAGAAGAGGAGCUGCAGCAGCAGGUGCGCUCUCUGCGCAUGAAGGAAGCCACUCUCAGCCGAACUAACUCUGAGCUCACUCACCGCUCGCAGCAAAUGGACACACGGCUGGAGGUGCUUGAGAACGAGCUGAGUGCUGCCAGAGAGCAGCAGAGGCUGAGUCAGACAAACUGCCAUGACCUGGAAGACCAACUCAUGUCUUCUCACCAGGAGUCUGAGAGACUGCAGGAAGAGCUGCAGCAGGCCCUACAACAGCUCGACACUAACAUCAGGAGAUACAAUGAAAAGCAGUCUAUGCACAAAACCAAGCUGCGCAGAGCAAAGCAACUGUUCUUGAAGGCAACUACCCAGCGAGACCUGAGGAUUCAGAAGCUGGAAAGUGAUCUGGCCCUUGCAACAAGUCUGUCAGAGAAAGAAAAGGACUGGAUCAGGACUGUGACAGAGGAGAAUGACCAGCUCCUGUUGGAGAGGCGAGAGUUGCUGAAGAGGAUGACUGAGGCUGAGGAGAUGGGGAACAAUGGAAUGAGAACGGCUACUACCACACAGCAAAGGGUAAAGUUUUUGGAAAUGGAGAAUAAUCAGCUUCAGGAGAAAACCCUGAAGCUGGCCAGUCAGAUUGGAGUUUUGGAACGUGCACUGAGAAAUCUUCAGUCAGGGUGCACUGUUGAGGAGGUCAAGAAAAUCUUUUCUUCUGGAACACAUGCUGACGGCCUGCUGCUAACAUCAACUCCAAGUCCAAAGCCUGGUCUGUGUGACUCAUGGGGUCUCUUGGACGCCAUCCGCAGGGUUAAAGUGGGGGAUCAUGCCAAGAGCCUGGAGUCCUCUCUGUCCUUGCCCAACUCCCAACCUUCAGAGAUUGGCUAUCUGAACGUAAGCUCUCCUAUGGCCCCCAGUGCCACAAUGGAUCAAGAGGAGAACCACAGCACAGCCAGUGAAGAUGCCUGAGGGAAUGGCACCUCUGUUACAUAAUUUGCCAGUCUUCUUUAGAUUCGAAAGUCUCUAAGACCGUAAAGUUAUUAAAUAACUGGGCUGAAGAUGCCUGUGCUCAACAAGGUUGAUUUAUUCCUGCCAUUAGGAGUCUUGAAAGGACAUCUGGCUGUAAUAUAGCUUAAUUUUGUGGUGGAAAUAAGGUGAGCAAUGUAAGAGGACUCACAGCAGAACAUUCAGCCUUGUUACGCUUAUCCUGUGAUAAUAAUUUUACUAGAAAAGGACUGAUUUUAUUUGAAAAACUUCCUUUUGCUACAAUUUAGGGCAGUGCUGCUGUUGUUUCUUGUCUGGAAGUCGAAGCUGAUUGGUAGCCAGAUCAUAUAGAUAACCUUCCAGAAGAGAUCGCCCCCUGCAGCACAAUCAUUGGCACUGUGAUUGAAACUAUAUAUAUAUAUAUAUAUAUAUAUAUAUAUAUAUAUAUUUUUUUUUUUUUUUAGAUUUUUUUUUUUUAUGUUCAUUUAAUGAACCACGUUUGCCCUUGCUUUUACUCAGGGUCAUUACAUUGCUUUCCACUGAGUUUAUUGCCUUUGCCACACACCACAUAUUUGUUAGAUUAGUGGACUUCUUUCAAUGCUUUGAGGACCCUCAGCCACAUCACAUUGUUUUUUGCUCUCUAUUCCAGACACUCAUGAGUGCUUUUACAUGAACUUAAAAAUUACAGUUUUUACUGAUUUUUCAAGUGAUCAAGUAAGUGAUCAAAAAUCAGAUUUUAGCUCAGUAAUCAGAUUUCAAAGUCCAUGUAUACUUUAAAUUCUUAGGUAUUCACAGAUUUCUGUCUGCACAGGUCAUGGUACCAGAAACUGGACACUGCAGUGUUUAGAUGGGGACUAAACCCUUUCUGAGCAAUGCUGAAACUGAAAGAUUUAAAUAAUCUUAAUCAUCUUGCAGGUGUAUGCUCAUUUUGUGUUAUGAUGGGUUAAAAAAAAGCAGCAGCGUGAGGUUUGGGUUUCACAUGAUGUUUACAUCAUGCCUUAUUCUGUAAAAAUUAUUGGCUGGUUGCAAAGCAAACAUUUGAUUAUUGCCAGACUCUUAAAGACUUUUAAACUAAGAGAGUUAUUGUCUGUUUACUCAAGUUUAUUGAUUGGAUUGCUAAUAGACUCUGAUUUUCUAUAGUAAUUAGAUUAUUAAGUACAUGUAAAUGCACUGUGAUCUAACUUAUUUGUUAUGGUAGGUGCUGGAAUUGACAGGGAUCUUGUAGGACCAGAUUGAGAACCUCUGUGGUAUGCCUUUUGCUGCUCUGCCCCCUACAGACCGGAUAGGGUAAAGAUUGAGAGAGCUUGGCUGAUGUGGAGGUAGAACAAAAGACUCCAGGUUGAGAGACAACUGCAAGCAAUAUACUUCAAUGGAUAUCAAGGCCAAAGUAGAAUGCACAGCCUUUUAUAAAAGCUGGGGAAAAAACUGAGGUACAUUAUAUGUGAUGUUUAGCUGUUACAUGCCAUGUAUGUGUGUGCUUUUUUUUAUGUAAACAAAUACUGACAAUCCACAAAGGGAGAUAUAACACUUAAACAGGGAUCAUCUUGAGCACUUUUGUUUGGGUAGAGAUUUUAUUGUAAAGAAUGAUGUUUACAACAAAAAAAACAUGAUUGCCUUUGCAGUUUGUGGUUGAAAUUAAGCACAUUUUUACACAUCUGUGUUAUAAGAGGUAAAGAGAUAAAAGGCAUGAAUGCCAGCAGAUUAUAAAAGUAAUUACAGUGGGGUCACAAGUUAAUUCACAGUACUGGGUGUGUCAAAAUUCAACAGUUAUGCCCAGAUGCGCAUGCUUUUAUGGACAUGAGAUUAACAUCCAGAGCUUUUUUAAAGCUUAUUUAGUGGCGUAACUCUUUGUAAUGUCACUUCUAUAUACGAAAGUAAAUAAUUGCACAAAUAGUUGCACCCAGUAGUGUCAGAUUUCUAUUCUAUUCGGAUGGAAGAUGAUGGUUAUGAGGAACACUAAAUGAUACAAAAAUGCCGUAGGGCCAAUGGUUGCGGGACCUUAUUUGGGAUGUCUAAAAUGAUCUGGCAUUGUAUGAAAUUGCACAUCACACUAAGACACCAGUCAUAAAAGAAUCCUGUAGGAAUCGUGUCAGUUGAUUUCCUCUGGGUGCAACUAUGUGUUUGAUUAUAAGUACAGGGCUAUUAAAAGUGCUGUACUUAGUGUAGUCUUGUUUACUAUAGUAAUACGUGGUUUUGGAUUGAACCAAUAUUGUAAAAUUUGACCCUAUCUCAUGAUAUUUUCUAGUUCAGUGAGGGUCUCAUGCUCAGACAAUUAGAGGAAGGACUGUUGGUUGUGUUAGACCUGCAUUCCCUAGCCUUGAUUCUGCCUUGUGACCUUGACCACAACAAGGAUUUAAAUUGUCUAAAGGUGAGUGAGGAUUUUUAAUGAUCUCAGACACAAACAUUUUAAAAGCUGUUUAGAAAGACAUUUGCCUAAAUUAUUAGAAGCAAAAACAAAUAGGGUUCCAUGAUUCAUUUUAUCCUUAAAAAACUGUCUUUGGCAGAAAAUGAGAGCAAAACCAUAAAAUUAUGCAUGGUACAGUGUGUAUCCGUGCAGUCUUUUUGAUCCGAACAGCAUUACAGGUACAGAUAUCCGCUGCAUAUUUAGCAUAUUGUUGGAUACUGUUUUUUUUAUUCAUAUAUUGUCAUAUUUUGUUCAAAUUGUUUUAAAAGUUAUGCGGUACUCAAAAAUAUUUCACAGGCAUUUUAUUUAAUGAACUGCACUAACCACUAUAGACUUAAGUCCUACAUUAAAUGAAAAAGGAUGUUUAAUAUAAAGUGCUUAUAAUAAUAACAUACAUUACUGUUUUUGCAGUUUAAAUCAGUAACUUGUAUGUUUUUAUAAUGACAAAUGGUGAAGCUAUUAAUGUCCUGCUGCUGAUCAACUUUCCACUAUUUUACUGUGUUGUCACUUUCAUGUUAUUCAAAUUAAGCACUAUAUAAAUACAUAACCCACAUGAACAAUUAAACACUAGUUUAUAUGUAACAAAUGAUCUAAAAUAUGUAUUUUCUUAUUAAACAGUAUAUUUUCAUUUUUUCCAUUUGUGUUUUUUUCAGAGACUGAUACUGUUGAUUACCUAUUCUGUUUGUAAUAUUAAAAUAGCAAAAGCACCACAAAA